UCCAAACAGUGAUCUAUCUCACAAACGUCCCCAAAAAGUUUCCGCGUAUCCCUUAUUCAAUGUGAUACUGAGAAUGCCAUUGACAUCUACUCUCCGGCGAUCAGUACAAAACAGAUUGGAAUAACGACAUGGAAAACCUGCGAUAUCAGCUCGAGUAAUGACUGUCAGAUGUUGGGCGUCCGAAUAUCGUUAGUUAAAUAGUGACAUCACAAAUUGAUGAGCUAUCAUUCACUCAUUCUUUGUAUAGAUAACUGGUUGGUUUAGUUUUGAGCACUACGUACGUACCGACACUGUCAUUCGCUUUUGAACCGACAAUAUGGGGGCCGUGAAAAGUCGUUUGAAUGCAUCAAAAAGGAAAGAUACUUUGGACUCGGCGCAUGAUGAUACAACUCCUAAAAUCGUUCUCUUGACAGGGACUUCGCACAAACUUAGUUUAGAAUUCGCCUUGACUCUGGCAAAUGAUCCCUUCUCGAGGUUCAAAGCUUUGGUCACCAUGCCAUCACAUGUAGGCACUGAAUAUUUGGGAGAUCCACGAGUCCUGAAUACACUCAAUAAAACACUCUUCGUCCUGCAAAUGGAUGGGUUUUCGGAAGACUCCAUUCGUCGCGUUGUCAGAGAAAUCUUGGAGACCGAUGGCAUUUUAGAUUCGCUUGUAAUCACCUCCAAUGUACUUCUCACUGGCCCCAUUGAGACCCAUUCUAUAGACCAGGCAAAGACUGUGUUCGAGACAAACACCAUGUCAGUGAUCGAAGUAGUCAAGUGUAUCUUUCCCGUUAUGAAGAAGCAACGUGAUGGUCGUUUGAUUCUGGUCACCAACCAAGCAGGGAUAUCUGGGAUACCUUUUCAUGAUAUUUAUUGUGCUAGCAAGUUUGCAGUUGAAGGGUUUUUUGAAGCUAUUGCCCCCGAAGCGUUGGCAUUCAAUAUACAUGCAUCGAUCAUCGAGACCAGCCUGGUCAAAGGGGAAGAUCAAACAGCUCAAACACUUCAAGUAUCUAUUGGCUCCAAGAUGGAAAACGCAGAUGAGGACACGAUUAAAUACCAAGACUCGUUGCCAGGGAAACUGAAACGACAAGGCUCCCUUAAAAAAAUGAACAUAUCUCGGGUUGUCAAUACCAUGCGCCAAAUCAUGUUGGACGACAAACCUCAUUUUCGUUAUCAGCUGAAUAAAAGUUGUAGAGAAGCGGCAAGAGAAAAAUGGAAGGACACCCAGGGCGAUUCGUACAUACUGGAGACAGCUGAAAGACAAUUGUACGUAGAAACAGAGCGAGUACAAGAAGCUUACAACCAAUGUUAACCUGCUGCUGCGCAUACAUGCCUCAUGUUAUUGUUGUUGUGUUGGUGCAGUGCGAUAGACUACAGUAAACAAUCCACACAAAUAAAAACGAAGAAGUGGA